AUGCAUAUUAUCAUGCCUCUUCCUACUAUUGGUGAACCAGCACCGGAUUUUAAAACAAAAGCAGUACUUAACAAUAAAGUAUUUGAUAUAUCAUUAGGUGAUUAUGAUAAACAGUAUGUUGUUUUACUCUUUUUUCCAACGAACUUGCUGAACAUGCCACAUAAAGAAGAUGGUAUUCGUGGCCUUCGUAUUCCAUUGAUUGCUGAUAAAUCAAUGGCAAUUACCAGCAAAUAUGGUGUUCUUGAUGAAGAACGCGGAAUUGCCUAUCGAGGACUGUUUAUUAUCGAUAAUAAGGGUAUUCUUCGUCAAAUUACUGUUAAUGAUUAUCCAGUAGGUCGAAGUGUGCCUGAAACUUUUCGAUUGAUAAAAGCUUUUCAAGAUGCAGAUAAAUUACGUGAAAGUUCAGCAGAGUCAAGUUUUUCUGAAGGUGAGAAAAAAGUAAAAUUAUAUAUAUUUCGAAACCGAAGUUUUGUUUUUCGAUAG